AUGGGUGGGGGGGCAUUUGGGAUGGCAAACAGAAAUGAGAGCAACGAAGGGCCCGCGGGGCCCAUGGCAGCAGUGGUGGCUACUGCAGGAGGUAUGGUAGCAGAGAGUUCGUCCUCAGUUAUCUCCACCUAUAUUAAACUGGUGCUACUUGGGCUGAUCAUCUGCAUCAGUCUGGUGGGUAACUUAGUGGUUUCUCUGCUUGUCCUCCGGGACCGGGCUCUACAUAAGGCACCUUACUACUUCCUGCUGGACCUGUGCCUGGCAGACACCAUUCGCUCAGCCAUCUGUUUCCCCUUUGUGCUGGUGUCUAUAAAAAAUGGUUCAGCAUGGACCUACAGUGUGCUGAGCUGCAAGGUGGUAGCCUUUAUGGCAGUGCUCUUCUGCUUCCAUGCUGCCUUCAUGCUCUUCUGUAUCAGCGUGACACGCUACAUGGCCAUUGCACACCACCGGUUUUACUCAAAGCGCAUGACAUUCUGGACAUGUGUGGCGGUAGUGUGCAUGGUGUGGACACUGUCUGUGGCGAUGGCAUUCCCACCUGUUUUUGAUGUGGGCACCUAUAAAUUCAUUCGCGAGGAGGACCAGUGCAUUUUUGAGCAUCGCUACUUCAAGGCUAAUGAUACGCUGGGCUUCAUGCUGAUGCUUGCUGUGCUCAUUCUAGCCACACAUGUUGUCUACAUGAAGUUACUCUUCUUUGAGUACAAGCACCGCAAGAUGAAGCCAGUCCAGAUGGUGCCAGCUAUCAGUCAGAACUGGACCUUUCAUGGACCAGGGGCUACAGGUCAAGCAGCUGCUAACUGGAUUGCGGGUUUUGGUAGGGGCCCAAUGCCACCCACUUUGCUGGGAAUCCGGCAGAACUUGCACAACCAGAAUCGGCGGCUCUUAGGCAUGGAGGAGUUCAAAGCAGAGAAGCAGCUUGGCAGGAUGUUCUAUGUGAUCACAUUGCUAUUCCUGGUGCUCUGGUCUCCCUACAUAGUAGCUUGCUACUGGAGGGUGUUUGUCAAGGCUUGCACAAUACCACACCGGUACCUCUCCACCACUGUGUGGAUGAGUUUUGCCCAAGCAGGGGUCAACCCUAUUGUCUGCUUCUUCCUCAAUAAAGACUUGAAGAAAGGGCUCCUUUCCCACCUACCAGCCUGCUGCAGGACUAAACCUCAUCUGCCACGAGAGCCUUAUUGUGUCAUGUAACUAGAGAUGAUGAUGAUGGAAAAAAAAAACAAUGGGCAGCCAAUAGAUGUAUAUUGUGUUUGCUUGAGUUAUUGUGGCAUUUGAUGCAAUGCAAGGUACUUUUAAGCAGUGCGUGGAAAACUAAUGAGUGUAGUGUUAAAACACUGGAAUGGUAAGCAUGUGUUUCCAUCGGUCAACCAGUUUUCACUCAAGACUCAACAGCGUACAUGAAGUCAGACCUUGACUUUUGAUAACAAGAGAAACAUAGUGUAAUAGCAAAAUAUGUAAAUAAUAAUGCAGUCACUGGGGAAACCAAGUCAGACAAGAAACCACCAAGAAACCAAGCUUCAUGAAGGAGUUCAAAAAAGUGCCAAAUAGAAAGGUCUUGAAUACAAAGGAUGUUUGACUUGGUGACAAAUAGAAUCCUGAAGAAGGUAAAAAAAGCAGCUUUUAGUCUAAAUCUAAAUUUCAUCAUCAUACUGGAAUAACUGGCCA